GUCAGCACGGCCAACGGCAUCAAGGUCGCAGCGGUGUCUGGGAACUCCGACUCGGCUCUGGCUUCGGUGUCUCUGGUAAUCAACGCAGGCUCGCGGUUCGAGACGUCCGAGUCGGCGGGCGCAGCCCACUACCUGAAGGCAUUCGGAUUCCGCAACACGCAGACUCGCACAUCAUUCCGCACCGUGCGCGAGGCCGAGCUCAACGGCGCCACGCUGACAGCCGAGACCACGCGCGAGAACAUCACGUACACCGUGCAGUGCUUCAAGGAGGCUGUGCCUUACUUUGUUGAGGUUCUGGGCGAUAUUGCUGCGGCGACAAAGUUUGCCGAGCAUGAGUUCAAGGAUGUCGCGCAGCUUGUUAGCUUUGAGUCGCUGAGCGCUCGCUCCGACCCAAUGUCGCGUGCUCUCGAUGGCGUUCACCAGGCGGCGUUCCGCAGCGGUCUGGGUAACUCGCUCUACGCCCUUGAGUCGUCGCCCGUUAGCUCGGGUGAUGCCGUGCGUCAGUAUGCUCAGUCCGCCCUGGCCCCUGGCCGCAUUGCCAUUGUUGCCACUGGCGUCGAUGCCCAGGAGCUGGCCAACCUUGUCUCUUCGUCGCGUCUCUCGUCGCUGGUCACUCCCGCGUCGGCGCUCUCGAGCCCAGCUGCCAGCUUCACCGGUGGUGUGCAGCAGAUCUACGACUCGGCCUCCCCCGUCUCGCACUAUGCCCUGGCCUUCGCCAGCGAGCCCGCCUCGGCACAGUCGCUGGCUGCGCUCCUGGGUGCCCAGAGCCGCAUCAAGUGGACCAGCGGUGUCCUGCCCCUGGCCAAGCUUGCCGCCACCGAUGGUUUUGGCAUUGCUCCCUUCUCGUUUGCUUACUCUGACGCCGGUCUUGUCGGUGUCGUUGUCUCUGCGCCCAACACGCGUAUCAAGGCUGCCGUUGAAAAGGUCGCUGCUACGAUCCAGCGCGAGAUCGUCUCUGCCAGCGGCGAGGCCAUCCAGCGUGCUGCCGCUGCCGCGCGCGUGGAUGUUGCUGAGUCAUUGGCCACGCAGCAGGGUCAGAUCCGUGCCCUCAGCAACAUUGCCCUGGGCCAGACCGCUGCCACCCUUGAGUCUGUUGAUGAUGCCGCCACUAAGCUGUCCAGCGCUGCCGCUCGGGUGUUCAAGUCCAAGCCUGUUGCCGUGUCCAUCGGUCUGUCGCAGAACACUCCCUACGUCGAUACCCUU